AUGAGUACGCCGGUGAAAAAUGAACCCAUAACUACUACUACUUCUUCUUCUACUUCUUCUAGUACACCAAACCAACCUUCGAUGCAGAAUAAUUUGUCAUAUCCUGUGCAGCAUAUACCCCAACCGCCACCAUCAUCUCAGCAGCAACAGGGACAACAGGUACAACAAGGGCAACAAGGGCAACAACUGCGAAUAUCACAUUUACCACAACCAAUACCACCGAUUCCUAUUCAAAUCAUACCGCAACCACCACAGCAACAACAACAACAACAACAAAUACCACCUCAAUAUGCUGGAAAUUAUUACCAACAAGUUCCUACUCCUGGUUACUAUACUCCUCCUCCUCAUACUUCAGGGUUUUAUUCAGUUGGACCACAACGGGGAAAUAGUGUUCUGUUUCAACCCACUCAAGGAUCUCCAUUACAACAUCAACAACAUACCCCUGGUAAUCCAACACAAUUACCACUUCCUCAACCACCUCACCCACCACCACCACCACCACAACAACAACAACAACAUGUAGCGAUGCAUCAAUCAACACCUCCACCACCUCCACAACAUCAACAUUCAUCUACAACAGUUGCAACUCAAGAAUCUUGGAAAGAAAAUAAUAGAAAAAGAACUCAUUCUCUGAUGCAACAAACUUCUCGAAUGGCAGCUACAUAUCCUAGAAAACGAGCUUUAACAGCAUGUGAUACUUGUCGAUUGAAAAAAAUUAAAUGUGAUAAUGUUCGUCCUCGAUGUGGUUCAUGUAUUAAAAAUGGGAAUUUAAAUUGUCAUUAUCGUACAGAUGAUCAACAAAAAGAUUAUUCUAGUUAUGAUCCAGCAUCUUUGAAUAUUUUAAGUAAAUUAGAUAUUAUUUUAAAAGAUUUAAAAGAAAUUAAAAAUGGUAAUUCUGGUUCUAUAUCAACUAAUACUACAGAUAAAGCAUCACCUGGUGAACCAUCAUCAUCAUCAUCAGCAACAACAGCAACAACAACAUUUUCACCAGCACCACAACAACAACAACAACAACAACCAGCACCACAACCACAACAACAAGAACAACCACAAACAUUAACAAAAGGUCGAGGGAAAAAAUUCACUUUUGAUAAAUGUGUUUGGGAUAUGUCAGUUAUAUCAAUAUUCAAAUGGGAUUAUUUCAAAAAUACUUUUAAUUUAUCAACAAAAGAUAUAGAAAAUAUUGAAAAAACUUUGAAAAAUAAUUAUGAUAAUGAUAAUAGUAAAAAUAAUGAUAUAAUUAAUUCUAAUUCCAAUUGUCAUACUCAUUCUCAUUCUCAUUGUAAUAAAUCAUUAAUUGAAUCUAUAAAACAAUAUGAAAUUCUUGAAAAAUUAAUAAAUAAUAAUUUUACUACAAUAAUGAAUUCAUUUUUCAUUAAUUCUUAUACAAAAGUUCCAAUUUUAGAAAGAUUUGAAUUUUUCGAUAUUAUAGAAACUUAUCAACUUUUAAUACAAAAAUCAUCAAAUAUAUCAUUUUCUAAACUUCUUGAAUUAUAUAUUGAUGAUUAUACUAUUCCACAAGAGAUACAAAAUUUAUUUUGUAAUAAUGAUGAUUUUACAAAUACUAGUGAAAAUGAAAAUGAAAAUAAAAAUGGCAACAAGAACAUGAAUAUGAAUAUGAAUAUGAAUAUGAAUAUGAAUAUGAAAAAAAGUAUUACUGUGAAACAAUUUAUUCGAUUAAUUAAAUCAAUUCCUUUAAUACUUAUAAUUUGUGCAUUAGGAAUUAUUAGUGUACCAGUCCAAUUUGAUAAUCUUGAUAAAUUUGAGAAUUCUUUAGAAGAAGCUAAAUCAAUAUCAAUUGGUUGUUUAUCUGGUGAUAAUGUAUUUGAUAAUAUUCCAAUUAAUUUCCCUAGACAAAGAAAUAUAAUUGCCUUUAUGUUGAAAGAUUAUUCUGAAAUACUUUGUAAUAUAUUUUCAUUUAAUUUAUCAAAAAAUUAUAAUAAUACUAUUAAUUCAGUACAAUAUUAUUUAUUUUUAAGUCAAUUAUAUUUACAACAAAAUUGUAUAAUCCUUGCUCAAAGAUCAAGUUUAAUGGCUAGUCAACAUAUAAUGUAUUUAAUUGAAAAAACUAUUAAAUUUGAUAAUUCAUCUUCAUCUUUAUCUUUAUCUAAAUCGAAAUCGAAUUUGAAAUUAGAAAUUAUUAAUCGAUUAUAUUGGACUUGUUUAAAAUUAGAAUGUGAAUUAAAUGUUGAAUUAUCUCCAUUUGUUCCAUUAUCAGGUAUAACUAAAAUUGAACCACCAUCAGGAUUUCCUAAAAUACCUAUGACUCCAAAUUUACAAGAAUUAAAUUAUAAAUAUAGUUCAAGUGUUAUAAAAUUAGGACAAUUUUAUAAUGAUCAAUAUUCUUGGUAUUAUUUUUUAACAGAAAUUGUUGUACGUAAAAUAGAUAAUGUUAUGUUUGAUGAAUUAUAUUCAUUAGAAAAUAGUAUUAAUCAUUUAUGGGAUGAUGAAAAAUUUAUUGAACAAACUAUUUGGUCAUCAUUUAUUGAUUAUUUAAAUCAAUAUAAUGGAAUUAUUAAUUUAUUAAUUCCAGAAAUUCGUAAUUUUGUAUUACAAGAAGUUAAUGUUGAACAAAUUUUCCGUCGAUUGAAAAAAAAAUAUGAAAAAAAACAUCAACAACAACAACAACAACAACAAAAACAACAACAAAAACAUAAAUUGAAGGGUAAUAAUUCAAUUAUAAAUAAUAAUAAUAAUAAUGAUGAUUAUGAUUAUGAUGAUGAUGAUGUUGAUUAUGAUAUUUUUGAUGGAUUAGAUGAUUUUUUAAUUGAUGAUGAUUUAUUAGCUAGAGUUCAAUCAGAAAAUAUCAUGUUUAUUAAAACUAGAAUAUUAGUAUCAAAAUUACUUUUAUUUCGUCCAUUAGUUUAUUUAUUUUUACAAGAUAAAAUCCCAUUUAUUGAAAUUAUUCAAGCAGUAAUUUCUGUAAUGAAUGAUUCAAUGAAUACAACAACAAAUAAUUCAUCAUCUUCAUCAUCAUCAUCUUCAUUAGCUUUUGGGAUUGAUAAUUUUAAUCCUAUGGAUUCUCCAAAUUCAUCAAUUAGUUCUGGUUCUGGUUCUGGUUCUGGUUCUGGUUCUGGUUCUGGUUCUGGUUCUGGUUCUGGUUCUAGUUCAACAAUAUUUAAUUUAAUUAAUGAAAAUGAAUAUAACCAUAAUAAUAAUCAUAAUAAUCAUGAUCAUGAUUAUCAUGAUGAUGAUUAUUUAGAAAUUGAUUAUUUUAAUUUAAUCAAUGCUCCAUUAUUUUAUCAAAAACAAUUUCCUGAUGAAGAUUUUUCUAAAUUCAUUGAAUAUGAUAAUAAUAAACAAGCCACAACAACAACAACAACGAUGAAUGGUUAUGAUCAAGAAAUUAAUGAAGAAUCAACAAUUACAAUCAAAGAUUUAUCAUUAGUUAAACAAAGAAUUUUACGAAUUUUUAUAUCAAAUUUAAUUUCAAUACCAAAAUUAAAUAUACCUAAAUUAGGUACUCAUAGACAUCCAGGACUGUGGUAUUAUAUAAGAAAUUUAUUUAUUGGUAAUAUAUUUCAAUAUUUGAUUUAUAAAAAAAUUCAAUCAAUGAUAAAUAAAGCUACUACUGAUAUUAAAUUCCAAUCAAUAUUAAAAUCACAACUUGAACAACUUGAACAACUUGAACAACAACUGAAAAAGGAAAAUGGUUCAUUUUCAAUAAAAUCUAUGGAAGAAAUUAUUGAAUUAAUAAAUAUGGUGAUUAAUAUAAAAGGUAUAAUUGCAUCUUUAGAACAUUCAAUAAUUUUAAUGGAAUAUUGGAAAUUAGAAAUUAAAGAUUGUCAAAUUUAUCAAGAUUUUAUUAAAAAAAUAUUAAAUGAUUUACAAAAAUCAACAAGAUAA